ACACAAACACUUCAAUGCUUCGUCUUAAAGCAAAAUUAGACAUGAGAGUCCAUUUUCAUGUUCAGUGUGUUCCGACGAGUCACUCUAUGUUCCGGUGUGUUUCCAAGUCCUGGCUCCAGAAGUCUUCAAAUUUGAAUAGUUUUAGAAAACGGUUCCGCGGCGGUGCUCCCAUAACUACAAUAGAUCCCGCAAAUGAGGUAGCUAGACAAAUAUCUUUUCCCUUCUCGGUGGAUGAUAAAACUGGGAUGCUUCAUUUGAAGGUGGCUGGUCAAACCUUUUCUCCCUUUCCAGUGGAUGUAAUAUUGGAUACUUCCUUUGGAGGUGGCUGAUAAAACCGGGACGCUUGAAUAAUUUGUAGCUUUUAUUUAAGGAAUUCUUUUUUAGUUACCCUCAUUUGAGGAGCAAGUACAUUCAACACUAGUGUUAGAUUAGUCUACAUAGUUGAGGGAUCAACGAAUAUGAUUAGUGGGACUGAUCGAUCCCAGUGUACCUUUGAGCUGUAGUAGAGUUUUUUUAACGGAGUAGUGCUUUACUUCUUAUUAAUAAAUAAUUCUUUCAAAAAA